UGGAGGGCGAGGUGAGCUGCAGAUGCUUCAUUACGGUUGUGAUUCAGGUGAUUGAUUCAGUGUCUCUUUUUGAGGUUUGGGGGAGACACGACUGAGCCGAAAUGGACACAAGCCGUUGGAUUCAGAUUGCUCUCGCCUUCAUCGUCUCCGUCUGUGUGUGUGUCAGCGAUGGAAGUCCAGUCGGUACUUCAGUCAUAAACUGUGACGCCGAAACUCAUGUAAAUGUGGGUGACGUGGUUGAAGGGUAUUCAGGUGAUGUGGAGAUGUUUACUGGGAUCCAGGAAGGAGUGGGAGUGAAGCUGGUGCCCAACUUCUUUCCUCACCAUCUUGAAUUUCUGGAGCUGGUUUUCACGCUGGGAGACACCAACGCGAUUGUUCGCACCAAGAUGCCGCUAGAUUCAGAUGUACUGAAAAAUACUGGCGGCACCUUGUAUUAUUCUGUCAUGUGUGACGAUGGUCCCAAGAUCAACAACACUCGAACUCUGAAAGUAAAUGAUAUCAAUGACAUGAGCCCAGUUUUUACACAGAAGCUCUAUGAGAAAACUGUCUCUGAGACACACCCGCUGGAUACAGAGGUUCUUAGGGUGAAAGCUUACGACGGAGACAGCUCAAUAGAACACAGCACAAUCACAUAUUCACUGGAACCAGAUACUGAAGACUUCAUGUUGACCAACUCGGGGGCUUUUAUCUUGAAGAAGCCUUUUAACUACAAUGUUGCCCCAAAAUACAACUUCACUGUGACGGCCCGGGAUAAGUCAGGGUGGAAUGACACAGCGACGGUGGUGAUCAACAUUGAGGACUCUGAUAACAUGAAUCCCUAUUUCAGCCACAAUCUGUACCAAGCCUCUGUUCCAGAAAAUCAGAUUGGAGGUUUCACUACUAUUCUCCCAGAGGCGAUUAAGGCUCAGGAUGGAGACUUCGGGAUCAACGAGACUGUGAUUUACAGCAUCACUGCUGUUUCCCCAGACAAGUAUAAAUCAAACUUUGCCAUCGAACCCAACAGUGGAGUUAUAUCUGUAUUGACGGCCUUCGACAGAGAGGAGAUAAGCAGCAAUAUGAUCUCUAUCAGCAUCCAGGCAGCUCAGACCGACAACAGUUUGAAAACAGCUGGAUCUGUUGUGAUCAUCACUGUUGAGGAUAUGAAUGAUAACCCUCCAGUGUUUGAUCAGACCAACUACAACAUCAUGCUUAUGGAAAACUCUCCUGUUGGUGCUGUUGUGCUUAAAGCUACCGUCACCGAUCUUGACCAGGGAGGAUUUGUAGGAACUCUGGAAAUCAUUCCAGACACCGUUCCUUUCUCUAUCGGACCUGAUGGGACAAUCACAGUGACAAACGCCACAGCUCUGGACAGAGAGGCCAUUGAAUCGUUCCCAUUUCAGAUUAAAGCAACAGAGAACAGCCCACCCAACAAUUUUACAACAGCGCAGGUCACUGUGACUCUCCUGGAUGUGAACGACAACUCUCCUGUAUUCACCAGCACCAGCUACGAGGGGAAAGUGUUUGCAAAUCAGACCAUUGGAAUGACGCUGGUUCAUGUUACGGCAGAAGAUCCAGAUGCUGGUGUGAACGGAGAGAUCACCUAUUCCAUUGACGCUGGGAACAAUGAGGGAUACUUCUCAGUGGAUGAAAACACUGGAGUAAUCUCACUGGUUAAACUCAUACCACUGGUGGAAAACAAGAUUUUGGAGUUCUCCCUCUAUGUAACAGCCAGUGAUGGGGGAACCACAUCCCGCUCCACAACAGUGCAGGUGAACAUUAUUGCUCCCAGUGACUCAAAACCUCAGUUUUUACAAGAAGUCUUCCAAGCCACUGUAGAUGAAGAACAGGAACCAGGAGCCGUGAUUCUAACGGUUGGCUUCCUCGCCCCAGGUACUGGGCUUCCUGUAAACCUCACAGUUGAGACAGAAGCCGACAAGUUUGCAAUCUCUCCCACUGGUGAACUGACCCCAACGGUGAAGCUUGACUACGACAAUGGCCCACACAACUACUCUGUGCAGAUCUCCAUCUCCGAGGAUGGUGUUGUCAGUGACAAUGCAGUUGUGGAAGUUCAGGUCAUUGAUGUCAAUGAUAACAGUCCUGUUUUUACUCCCAGUUCCUUCAAUCAAUCUGUCCCUGAGGAUGCAGACAUAGGAUUCAAUGUUACUGCAGUUACAGCUACAGACAAAGACAGUGGCUUCAAUAAGGAGAUCAGAUACUACCUGAUAGGAGGAGAAGGGAAGUUCUCUAUUGAUCGUGUGUCUGGGAUGGUAAGUGUUGCCGCUGCACUGGACAGGGAGACCAAGGCAGAGUACAACAUGCUGGUGGUUGCUGAAGAUCAGGGUCGUCCAGUCUCCUCUGCCACAGCCACCCUGGUGGUCCCAGUAUCUGACAUCAACGACAACGUCCCGAGCUUCUCUGAUGCUGAGUACCAGAAGGAAGUCUCAGAAACAGAGUCAGUGAACACAAUUUUGCUCACGCUAUCAGCUGUUGAUCCCGAUGAAGGCGCAAAUGGGAGAGUGAGCUAUAGUAUUGUCCAGCAAAGCCCCUCAUCAGACCCUGCUGUUUUUGAGUUGGACUCCUCCAGUGGGACCCUGCGGUUGGUCCAGCCUCUGGACUACAGUGAGGUGAAGGUGUACACGCUGACGGUUCAGGCCUCUGAUGGAGGGACUCCCUCUCUGGUUGGGAACAGCUCUGUGGUGGUGACGGUUAUGGACGUGAACAACAACCCACCUGAGUUCAGUAAGGCCAACUAUGACGUGUCCGUCUCUGAGAACCUGUCCAGUGGAACCUCCAUCCUGACCGUGGAGGUCACUGACAGGGAUGAGGGCGGAUUCUCCUCCGGCUACUUCAUCUAUACCAGUGACACUUUUGACAUCAGUAAACAAGGUGUUGUCUCACUGAAGCAAAACAUCACAUUAGACAGAGAGACUAAGGACAGCUACGUAUUUCAGAUUGUUGCUGUGGACCGGGAACUGGAUGGUCUGAACGCCACCGCACAGCUCAACAUCACCGUCACAGACUACAAUGACAACGCUCCACAGUUCCCGAGCAUCCCCAACACCCUGACCCUCCCCGAGGGCAACUACUCAGAGGAAGCUCCAGGAGAAGUUUUCACCAUCGUACCCACAGAUCCUGACCUCGGAGCCAACGGAGAGGUCGUCCUCUCCCUCCUCACCCUAAACCCACUCUUCAGAUUCAGAGAGGAUGGGAUGUUGCUGGCCGUUGGGCCUCUCGAUCGGGAGAGUGGGGAAACGUUGGACCUGGUUGUAAAGGCAUCAGACAAAGGCAGCCCGCAGAGAGAGAGCUUCGCCACCAUCAGAGUGAGUCUCACCGAUGUCAACGACAACCGGCCCAAGUUCAGCUCCAGUACCUACGCCAGCAGCAUCCUGGUAACAGACGCAGAGGAGGGGAAGCUGCUGCUGACUCUGUCUGCCACCGACCUGGACAUUGGGGAAAACGCAGUCAUCAGCUACAGUUUCUCUGCUGGAAGUUCUCCAUAUUUGGCCUUAAACAGUGAGACUGGGGCUGUGACUUUGACCUCUGCCAUUUCUAAUGUUAAGGAGGAGACCACAGUGGAGCUGACAGCCAUGGCCAAAGACAACGGCGUGCCUCCUCUCAGUUCCACAGCUCAUGUCAUAGUGAAUCUGAGGAUCAUCAUCGAGGUGGAGACUGUGACCUUCCAGAAUUCCUCCUACCACUUCAAGUUGCCUGAGAACAAGCCGGAGGGAUUUGUCGUGGGGGAGGUGCAGGCCUCAGCGGGAAGUGGCAUUUACAACAUCACCUACAAGCUGAGAACGUACGGAGACCUGUUCUCCAUCAACAGCACUGGAGCCAUAACUACCAGAACAGCACUGGACAAGGAGCAGCAGGAGUGGUACAUCCUGGAUGUGGAGGCUGUGGACACAAGCAACCCCAAUACAUCAGCAGUGGCUCUGGUCAGAGUUCAGGUGGAGGAUGUUAAUGAGGCUCCACAGUUUUCCCUUAAGGUCUACAAAGCCUCCGUGUUCAGCAUCGCUCCACCUAAUACCCCAGUCACCUACGUCAAGGCCUCAGACCCUGAUGUUGGAGAUGAGGCUGGUCUGGUCUACUCUGUGUCAGAUGGAUCUCAUUUCAUGGUGGAAUCGUCCACGGGACUGGUGUCUGUGGUCUCUGUAGCAGAUCUGGCUGGAAAGACGACCACGGUGGAGGUGAAGACCACAGACCGCAGAGGACUACAGGCUACAGCCAAGCUGGAGGUGGUGGUAAUGGAGUUGAUGCCUGAGAGUCCCGACUCCUACUGGAAAGUGCCCCUGCUCAUCGCUCUGGGCGUCUUGUUGGGCCUGACCCUCAUUGCACUCAUCGUUACCAGCGUCCUUCUCUGCGAGUCCAAGAUGAAGGGGAAACCUCACGUAAAACCAGGAAAAGGCAACUUUGACUCUGAAGACUACAUGUUCUGGUCUCAGGGCGCAGCUAAUCCUUGGAAUCAGGCUAAUAAGGGCACAACAGGCCAUGGCAACCACGUGUCUUCCCUAUGAGCUCUGGACGGGAGAAGCUUUCAAAGCCUUCAAACAGAUGCGACGUAAAUCUGAAUCCUGCCUGAAUCUCUUUCUCUUGUAAAUUAAUUAUCUCAACAUCAGAUGGAGAGAAGGUCUUCUGAUCUAUGUAUUUUAUUUAUUUUUUGGUAUUUCAAGUUUGUUUUUAAAAGUGAAAACUGGAAAAAAAAUAUAAUAAAAUUAAUUAAUUAAAAAUAAAAUUAAAAAAAUUGAAUCCUACCAACAAAAACAGAAACAUUUCUUUUGUUCUAUCUAAAACCAAAAAGAGAAAGUUAGCAUUAGCUUUCUACUAAAACAAAUAAAUAGAAACAGCUGUUAUUUUCCUUGAAUGGACCAGGAAGUUCUGUUUCCCCUUGACAAAUUACUUGUGGAUGUUAUUCCCAGGGUUUCUGCAGGUUUGAACAAGUGAAAUUUAAGACUUUUAAGACAUUUUUAAGGCCAUCAUGAGUUAAAUUUAAGACCUACACGAAGUACGAACAACAAGGAAAAUCAACACUUUCAGAACAACACAAUUUAUUUCCAGCACUGAUGCUUCCUCACAGCAUGACGGUUCUGGGUUUGAAUCCACUCCAGAUUUCUGUGUGGAGUUUGCAUGUUCUUCCAAAAGUUACAUUUACUUGUUUUUUGAAAUACCAAAAUGCAGGUUCAGUAGCUACCAUCUCUUCGUCUCUCCAGAUCCUCAAGCUUUGAAAGAAGCCAGAUACUGAACUUUGGAUCAUGUGACAGAUUCUUGGACGUCAUAAGUUUUUGUGCUUCAUUUCACUUUUAUUCUGAAAGAUUUUUAUUUUAUUUUUUAAAUGCUUGCCUUAAAUCCACCUGAGCUUCCUAUCUCAGUGGUUUUAUCUAAUACACUUUAUGAGAACAGACUGAAUGUAAAGUGUGCGCAGCCUCUCUGUCAAAUAAAAUAAUCUUUGUUCAUGU